GGGCCUUGCAUGUCUUUCUUAUGGAUCAUCUGCUCCACUUGCUCUGUCCUUCCUUAAAAAGCCUUGGGCACGAUGCUGGGUGUUCCUCUGGCUGGCGUCACUGUACAGGCAGUGUCUCCUGGGGAUGCCCAGCCUGGAAGCUGGCAGGAACUGCUGAACUACUCCAUGGCCAAACCUUGGCCUUGGGAUUAUUCUGAGACCUGUACAGGAUAUGGAGCGAGCAGCACCGCCUUGACUAACCCUGUGUUGGACAACCAGAAAGCGCUGAGACCGGCACCAACUCAUCACACUCAUGACAGCUCCAUGGGGGGGGGGGGCGGGCUGUUAAUAGGGUGCUGGCCCUUUAAAUCCGACCCAACCACCGAGUCCCCGCCCACGACAAGAUGGCGGCGCCCAUAGCAGUGCGGCCCAGCUGAUGGCGGCCAUGGAGCUGGUGCUGCUGCUGCUGCGCGGCCUACGCCUGGCGCUGGAUCUUCUGCUCCUACUGCUGGAUCUCAACUUCUUCCUCGUAUCCUCGUUGGUCACAGCCUUAAUCUGGUUAUUCACCACCGCUUCCAGCCUCCCCGGAGCUGCCACAGCUGGGAUAUGGGCUUGUUGGAACGGGUUGUUAAAUGGAUUGUGUGGGUUGGUGCUGGGGGUCGUGCAGGGGGUGGGUGGGAUGCUGAGGGGCUGCUGUAACGUUAUGGAGGGGCUGAAGGUGUUGGGUCACCUGCUAACACACAUGGGAUUGAGGGGCAGGGAGAUGCUGCAGAGAGGGGUGUGCAGCCUGCUGGGCUCGGGGCAGGCUGUAUUGAGAGAGGCAGGGGAAGGGUUGGCCAUUGGGAUCAGUUUAUUGGCAUAUCUGGUUAAUAGCGUGGUUAAUUUGUGUUUGCUGGGCACGCAGAAUUUGUUCACGUUGCUGUUGGCUCUAUGGGAUGCGGUGACCAGCCCGGUGUUGCGUGUUGGUGAGUUGUUGGCUGCCUUCCUGGCACAUGUUUCUAGUAGUGCUAUUGCUGUAUCCAUCUUGCUCUGGUCUCCCUGUCAACUGGCUUUUGAGCUGCUGGUCUCCACCACCGAGCUGCUCAUCGGCAUCUUCUUUGUCAACGUCUAUGGGUUGGCUUUGCUCGUCGCCAUCAUUGUGGUCAGCGCUGUUAUCUUCAACCCCGGGCUGCUCCUGACGUUUCUGGGCCAUGUGUUUGGCUACUUCCAUACGCUGCCUGCGUAUCCCCGGCUGCAGCAGGAGGUGUGGAGGCUGUACCAGCUGGCUGUCCUGAUGAUGGGCAUGGCCAUGACCUCGCAGACGUGGCGCAGGUUGGUGGACUGGAGCCUGCAGGUGACCAACUGGAGCCGAGGGGGCAGAACGAUGAACAGAGAGAGCGAGAGACGAGGGGCGGCUCAGGUGCUGGGCAGGUUGAUGCUGGAAGAGGACAACCAUGCUGCAGCACAGCAGGACGAACAGCCAGAUGCAGAGCAGGUCCCGCAGGCACAUCCAGCUCUGAAUCGAAGCGCUGUGUCUGGGCAGCGUCUCCAGGCAUCCAGGGAUGAGCCGAGCACCUCCUGGGGGAAAGCACCAAGGAGAGAGCAGCUGAAUGCAACAGCUGGGGAUGGAGCAGGAGCUCCGGACAACGACCCCUGGAUGCUUCUGAAAGAACAAGAGGAACGUAAGAAAUGCGUCAUCUGUCAAGAUCAAACCAAGACAGUCCUGCUUCUGCCCUGCAGGCACCUGUGCCUGUGCCAGGAGUGCACAGAAGUCCUCCUGCAGCAGGCGAUCUACCAACGCAACUGCCCGCUGUGCCGCCAGAUGAUCCUCCAGACGCUCAACGUGUACUUGUGAACUGUGGGGGUGGGUAAUACGGGUUGUUUUACAGGUGAUUGAAGACGCCUCUGCCUCAUGCUGGAGUGCAGGAUGGCUCUUCCCAGGGCUGUCCUGAGUUGUUUCCAAAGAACUAAGGAUGGUGCUGAAGGACCAAGGGGCUGUCAGAGGUGUCUGUCAGCCAUGUUAAGUGUACAACUAGGCUGUAGCUCCUGCUAACAAGCACAGCAGCUGAUCUCUGCAGCAGGCUGAAAGGUUGGGGUUUUUUGUUUCUGUAUUUGACAACUUCUGCUUCAAGGCCUGUUGCCUUGAUCUGAAACAAAGCACAGAUCUGGUUCCUCCUAGCCAAAACUGAUGGAAGGAUAAAGGCUGUGCUGCCUUGGGAAUUACUGGGACUGGUGCAAGGCAAAGGAGUGUUUUGCUACCAAGGCUUGGCCAAAAAGUUACCUGGUGGACUGCAUUUGCACUCUUUCUUCCUCCUGCCAUUUAAGUGGGGCAGCUCGCAGGGCAAGGAUUUGCAUGCCCCUUUUGCAAGGCUCUAGCAAAGCACACUUGAGCUUUUUAGGCUUUUCUACCAAAGGGCUGAGCCCAGCUCUCAGCUGGAGGACAGCAGGGUUUCUGAGGCACCUUAAUGUCCCAGCCACCACGGCUUUGGUGUCCCAGUUUUCCCUUGCCAUUAGGAGCCACAAUGAGCACGAUCUCCCUGCAGAACAGCUGACUGCAGAGCUCAGUACUGCUGCUGCUUCCACACCUAUGCAAGACCAGCAAGCACAAACCGUGUUACUUGCAUGAAGGGAGUUUGUUACCUGCUGCCUGGGGAACCUGAGCAGCCCUCAGGCUCCCUAAGGCUGGAGAGCAUUUGCUACAUCCCAGGCUGGGCUGGCAGGAAGGGGUGGCUCUUUGGGAGACAAGGGGACACCCCAAUCCUUCUUGAAGCCCACUGAGACAUUCCAGCUCCAGACAUAAGUACUACAGACCUUGUGUGCACGGGGCAGUACCAGGACCACAGCUAUGUUUGUAUAGGGCAGGGUUAUACUUCUGCUUUGUCUGCAGUGUGAAAUACAGUUUGUUUAAUGUAAGCAUCCCAUGAUGUCUGACAAGGCCGUCCAUUCCUUGCUGGGGAGGGCUGAGGUGCCUCAUCCCAGCACUGUUCCAAGAAACUGCUGGGCUGCAAGAGAGCCACGCGCUAAAAAGCUUUCCCUUUUUCAGUUUGCUUGUCUGGGGUCAGCCAUGCAUCAGAGCCAAUUUUGGCUGGAGCCAGAUUGGAAGGAGCCUUGACUCCUCGACUGCAAGCCAAGAGCCUGGGGGCGGCUGGCGUGGCUUUCUCCAUUCUCCUGCUAACAAAUAAUUGAUUAGUAAGUUAAGCCAAAACAGAGGCAGCAGAGAGGCCAGGCCAUGCUGGGAGACAACUCUGCACUGCAAACUUGUGCUGCGUCGAGGACUGAUGGUGUCUGAGAGCGGCUCUGCAGGGACUGCUGUGUGCUGGGAUCUCUAUCCUCACCUCCAAGCCACCUCUCCUGCAGCUCAGAUGGACUGACUAGGGCCAGCUGGUGAUCUUGGGGUGCAGUGUUUCCUAUGUGACUUUCAGCCUUCUCCAGACUGCAGUUUCUCCCCACGAGUCUUUUUUUAUUGUUAUAGCAGUCACUGUUUUAGGGGCCCAUUUGUUUUUUUUUUCGCCUGUUUAUAUAAAAAAAGAAAAGAAGAGAGAAAGCUUUGCCUUAAGUUUAACUCUUUGCACUACAAAUGAGCAGAUUAAAGUUUCCUCUACCAGAA